AUAUAUUAAAAAAAGAAAGCGGCGAGACUCUCUAUCUCUCUCUGUCACAGUGCGUAGGGCUUUUGACUCCCUGCUUCUUGCUUGCUUUGGCCACUCUACACAGUCCACACCUUCUUCUGACGAAGAAGAAGAAGAGUGUUCUCGGCACCUUGAGAUCGGGGCCAGAUCCUCCGACGCAUCUUCUCCUCACUAUCCCCGAGUGGUAGAUAUGAUGGAAUCGGGCGCUGGUUUCGCGGCGAUGGAGGAGAGGAUCCCGCCGGGGAGUUUCUUCCAGUUUCCUCUCUCUGGAUUCCGUGCUUCUCCCAAUCGAUCUCCUUGUCCUCCCUCUGGUCGUGAGAGGUACGUGGCUGAGUUACUGCAAGAGAGACAAAAGCUGGCUCCUUUCUUGCAAGUUAUGCCACAUUGCUGCAGACUACUUAAUCAAGAGAUAAGGAGGGUUUCCAGUUUGUCUGAUGUUGAUAGAUAUGAGAAUGGCAGUCCAUUUAGGUCGCUUGGCCAGCCGACUAAUGGGAAGAUUGAUUUAGACGGAUGGUCAAUGAUGCCAGGAGAGGAAAAUUUUCAUCUGCAGAGAGGUUCUCCAUUUCGUGCUCCUCCUCCAGUGGGAUGGGUUGGGAUGCCAGGACUCCAUCCUCCACCCAUUGUCAAAAGAAUUAUUAGGCUUGAUGUGCCUGUUGACAAAUUUCCAACCUAUAACUUUGUUGGGAGGAUUCUCGGGCCACGUGGGAACUCUCUGAAGAGAGUUGAGCAAGCAACACAUUGUAGGGUGUUUAUUAGAGGGCGAGGAUCUGUGAAGGAUACUGUCAAGGAGGAGAAGCUCAAAGGCAAGCCAGGGUACGAGCAUCUCUGCGAGCCACUACAUAUACUGAUCGAAGCCGAGCUUCCGGAGGACAUAGUACACUCUCGAUUGGAACAUGCAGUUCAUUUCCUGGAGUCGCUCCUAAUGCCAAUGGACGAAUCAAUGGACCACUACAAGAGGGAACAGCUGAAGGAGUUAGCGGUUCUGAAUGGUACUCUGAGGGAAGAGAGUCCGAGCCUUAGCUUGAGCCCUUGUCUGAGUCCAAGCAUGUCCCCUUUCAACAGCAAGCGUGCCAAGACUGGACAAUAAAGAUGUUUACCCGAGAGAUUAUCAAAGUUCAAAUGACAUGGUCGUGUGGGCAAAGAGAAAGAAAACGCUCUCUAUGCAUUGCUCUUGUCUAUCUACGAGGUGACAAGGUUCUAAUUAACGUUCGAGACUCUUCAAUCAAUUGUUUUUUUUUUUUCCUGUCAUUAAGUUUAUUCUUUAUUUUGUUGAACAUUUUUGUUGGCUAGCAGAGAUGACCAUUAACCACUGCGUAAUAAACUUAAUAAAUGGUGUUUUUAUGAAAUGUAAUCUCUUUCUGAAUCAUGUAAGUUUGAAUGAAUCUAUUUAUCUUACAUGUAAAA